CACCGCGUCUCCAACAAAGAUAUAGUCUGAGCGAUUUUUAAUGGCAUGUCGGACUUGCUAAAGUCCAGUCAGAGAGGGCAGGCACGUGUGUAAACAGCACGGAUCUGCAGCGCAGGGCGCAGCGUCUCAGAUCAACAGGCCCCGGAGACGCGAGCAGACCGCGCAGCACAGGGCGCGCUGACGGGCGAGGAGAGGAGCGAGGAGCGGGCUGACACUCAGGGACUCCGCGGAGAGGAGAGGGGGGACGGAGGACGCUGAAUCAUCCAUCCAUCCAUCCAUCUAUCCAUCCAUCUAUCCAUCCUUUCAUCCAUCCAUCCAUCCGUCCGUCUGCUCGGCGGCUCCGCUCUGCGCGGCGGCGCACUGGCGGAGCGAGCGCUGGACGUUAAUAAACCGCCGCGCACUCGCUCCGAGGCAGCCGGGACACACGGACCAAACGGGUGGAAUAAAGAGACAGAAAGGCAUUCCUCUCACCGGGAAAACUCAUCCCAGCCACGGACAGGACGGCUCUCCCCGCUGAGUCCAGCGUCCCAGUGGUUGCUGAUUUUAACCUCUGGUCUCCAGCUCCAGCCGGAGUGGACAGUUGCCUCCCUCGGUGAAGGGCACCAUGACCCAGGAGGGGCAGGCUCUGCCCUCUCCCACCCCACCUGAGAACCUAGUGGACUCCAGCGCCGCUGCCCCCGGCACGGACCCGCCAGCAGAGACACACAGCCAGGCUGUCGAGGACAGGCCAGUGGGUAGGGCCCAGGACAGGGCAGAGGAGGGGAAACAGGAAGAGCAGACUGGAGGAAAAGAGGAGGCAGAACUGCAGGAGACACACGGAGGAGGAAAGGGGAGGGCAGAAGUGCAAAAUGAAAGAGGAGAAAGUGAGUUGGAGAGGGAUUGGGUGGAUAGCACCACGGAGGAACAUCAGCACACAACACGAGGGGCUGAGGAGAUGAAAGAGGAAGAGGAGGGCAAGGAAAAUGAAGACAAGCAAUCGUCUACAGAGGAUAAAGCAACUACCUCUCAACAGGCUGGGCGAUUGGCUAAUGGAAUCCAUGUGAAGGACAAAGUGGAUGAGGCGGACGAGGACGACGAAGGAGGAGAUGAAGGGGCAACACACACACAUCUCGACACUUUCAGCUCUAACUUUGAGACGACUGUAGAACAGGCGGACACUGAAGUGGAAGAAGACGAUGAGGAGUUCCAGACAGAAGACGAGAUAGAAAACCAAGAAGACAGUUUCAGCUCUGCAUUCGAGCACAUUGUUGAGCAGGUUCAUGCUCAGGAGGAUGACGACGACGAGGAAGAAAUAGACUUGGAGGAGGAUGAGAGGGAGAAAAGUAAGGUGGACAACAAAGACGGCUUUAGCUCCACAUUUGAGCGUAUAGUAGAGUCUGCCUUGCUCAGGGGCGGCACGUGCUACAGCAGCCUGGACUCCCUGGACGUCCUGUCACUCACAGACGAGACGGACAGCUGCGUCAGCUUUGAAGCUCCGCUGACCCCGCUCAUCCAACAGAGGGCCCUUCUGCAGGGGCCCGAACCGCUGGAGCUGGAGCUGGCAACUGUUCAGGAGCAGGAAGGGGCUGAGGCUGGACCAGACGCCCUGGACGGGGACCUUGCAGAGGAAGGCACCAGCGCUGGUGCUGGAGCAGGGGCGGGAAUAGGGGGAAGUCCACUGAGGACGACCAUACCGGGGAGCAGGUCGGACUUUGUGCUGAGCCAGCCUGGACGCUGGGCUGUCCCUAACGGAUACCAUUUGCAAGGAGCCGUGGAAGCCUGCGGAGCCAUGGUCAACUCUGUCAGUGAUGCCAGCCUCACAGACGCACUGUCUGACUCAGAGGAGUGUGAUCUGGGCAGUCUGGAGCGCUUGGCACGCGGGAGCACCGACACUCUGGCCAACGGCUGCCGGGUCGACUGUGAAGCCGCCAAAAGGCUGGCCAAGCGGCUCUAUCACCUUGAGGGCUUCAAACGUUGUGAUGUGGCUAAACACCUGGGCAAGAAUAACGACUUCAGCCAGUUGGUGGCAUCGGAGUACCUGAGUUUCUUUGACUUCUCUUGCCUGUCACUGGAUCGAGCCCUGAGGAACUUCUUGAAGGCCUUUCCACUGAUGGGAGAGACCCAGGAGAGAGAGCGAGUCCUCGUCCAUUUCUCCAAACGCUUCUGCCACUGCAACCCGCAGACGCCCUCCUCUGAAGAUGGAGCUCACACAUUGACCUGCGCCUUGAUGCUGCUCAACACUGAUCUGCAUGGACACAACAUUGGGAAGAAGAUGUCUUGCCAGCAGUUCAUUGGUAACCUUGAUGGCCUCAAUAAUGGCAAAGACUUUCCUAAAGAUUUAUUAAAGAUCUUGUAUAACUCUAUCAAGAAUGAAAAGCUGGAGUGGGCAGUUGAGGAGGAGGAGCUGAGGAAGAGUCUGUCAGAACUAGUGGAGGAGCAAUGUGAGGGUGGGAGUAAACGUGUUGCCAGGGUAACGGACGGCAAUAACCCUUUCAUUGCCAUUCCCAUUCUCUUAAACGCGGUCACCUACAAACACGGAGUGUUGACCCGCAAGAGUCACGCUGACAUGGACGGCAAACGCACCCCAAGGGGUCGCCGGGGUUGGAAGAAAUUCUAUGCGGUGCUCAAGGGAAUGAUCUUAUAUCUCCAGAAGGAUGAGUACAAGCCAGACACCGACAUUUCCGAGGUGGACCUGAAGAACGCCGUGCGGAUCCACCAUGCGCUGGCCACUCGCGCCACCGACUACAGCAAGAAAGCCAAUGUGCUAAAGCUCAAAACCUCAGACUGGAGAGUGUUCCUGCUGCAGGCCCCGAGCGAGGAAGAGAUGAUGUCUUGGAUCUUCAGGAUAAACCUGGUGGCGGCGCUGUUCUCUGCUCCAGCCUUCCCGGCUGCUAUUGGCUCCAUGAAGAAAUUCUGUCGGCCAAUCUUGCCAUCUUCGUCCACUAGACUCAACCAGGAGGAGCAGCUGCUGAGUCAUGAAAGAAAGCUGAAGCAGAUGAGUCUGGAGCUGGAAGAACACCGAAAAAACCAGCCCUCGGCUGACCCAAAAAGCCGUGAGUGGGAGGAGUACCGGCUGAAAGAGCACUACCUCACAUAUGAGAAAACUCGGUAUGAGAAAUACAUCAGCCUGUUGCAGGCUAAGAUCCAGGUGGACACGGACGACCUGGAGAAGAUCGAGGCCAGUGUGAUGGGCAGCCUGAUCAUGGACGGCAGCCUGGCCGGGCGUGAAGGCCACCUCCGAAAGACCAAGUCCUCCCCAUCCAUCAGCCAGGCCCACGCCGGCCUGAACGGGAAGGCCACCGCUUGCACUAGUUCUGGACAGAGUAGCUGAGGAAAGGGGAUGAAGGAGGACCAGACGCGCCGGCAUACAAAGCAACGCGUCCCAAGUCUCAGCAAAAUAAUCCUGCAACUCCUCCCUGGAUUAGUCAUUAGUAUUUUGUGUUUUGGGCUCCUCCGUUCCUAAGUACAGUAGGAUGUCAGUCUUCUUCCCAGACUUUAUAGAGCCUGUUGAACUCUCUGUCCUCGAGCAAUAGAUGAAGAAGAAACCUGCCCUUGAUACCAAACAAGUAAUUCUGCUAGACCUCAGUCCUUUCAGCCUUUAUUAUUGCACAUUUAAAAUGAUCAAAACUCUGAUCACUAUUUAUAGCAACAUCAUCAGUAUUAUUUCAAAAUCUCUGAAUGAAACAGAGGUUUUUAUUUGAAAUGUGUGUGUUUUUUUUUUCUCGCUAUGAGCAGAAGUUGAAUAGUUCAAAAUGUGUCAGUAUAAGGCCAAAAAGGAAACAGACUAUUUUGCUUUUGUCUUGUUCUGCUGUCAUGGAACGUCAGACAGUGUGUGAGAUAAACACGGCAAACAUGGUACUACUGUAGCAUUUUGGCCUUCUUUAAAAAAAAAAAUGAAAAUAAAAAUGUGUACAUGCGUACUCAGCCAAUUACAGAUGCAAGUGCUGUACAGACCUACAGUGCAGGUUGAGCAUGGUGUGUGAAGAUACAACAUAUCUAUUCUGCAACGAACUCAGACGGACAAAGUCCCUCUUUAUCAUAUUUAUUUAUUUAUUUAACUCUAGAAACUUUUAUUCAGCCCGGGAAGGGUUCACCUGAGCCCUUUUGCCCUUCUCCAGAAAUUCCUUCUUUCGAGUCAGUCGCAUAUAAGUGUCCAGGAGCUGUCUAGUGGUGUAAACAGUUCGCUGCUCUGCAGAGGAGCUGGAGGAUGAGUGCCUUAGCGAAGGGCGCCUCAACAUAGAGCGAUCAAACGUCUGCUCCCAUUAUUUCUGACCCACGACUACCCCAGAUAAUAAGGUUUGUCUCAUUAUUUUUUCCUGGUUUUAGAAAGUGUUUAUCUGGAAGAAAGCACUGUGCCGUCAUCUGAUAUUCUCCCCUUACGCCUACUUUUAUACUCUGAGCUGAUAGAACUGAUGUGAAACGUAUGGUUGAGUGUGAGGUUUCUGAAGUCAAGAAUAAAACGCAGAAGAGGACAGUGUGGGUGUGAAGCAUACAUUAUGAAUGGCUUAGCGUGCAUGUUUGUGUGUGCACAUGUUUAAAUGUGUGCUUUUUUAAAUGGGUCCAGUUGAAAUGUCGCAGCUGAAGCUGACUGGAAGAAGUGAACAUAGCUGGCUCAUCCUUCGCCGGGUAACUGAGAGUCCACGCCAACGUAGCUGGGUUAUAUUAUUGUAUGAAGGGUGGAUUUAGCAUGUUCGGUGACCCUACGACCACAUGGCCUUCUGCUGAGUAAGACUACCAGCACAAUCACCCCCAGAUCUCUAAAAAGCAUCUUCACUUCAAAGGCAGCCAUCAUCCUUGUGGCAAAAGAUGUAUCCUUACCUCUUACUGUAUCUAACCUCCAAGCCCUGAUCAACUUAUCUUAUUUUACAUGGACCUACCGUAUUAUAGAUUUGCCUGACUAGUUACAUUAUUUGGGCAUUUACUAAUCAAUGGCAUGCUAGUUCUGUUGCCAUCCUUCCCUUUAGACGAGGAUGCUUUUGGGGAACCAGUAAAGGGUAUUAUUUUUUUUAACAGUUACCGGCUGAUUGCAGAUUGUAGCAGCCAGACCGCUGUAAACCCGUCAGCAUACUGGAACGGAUAGAGGAACAUCGUCAAAGUAGCCAUCAAAACCCUCUCCGUGUGGGAGGAGGAGAGGCUUGUUUUCCGAGGGAAAAAGGGCCUGGUUUGAUUUUCUUAGAAUGAAAGUCACUGCCAGCCAAGAGCAGGCAAAGCAGACUUACAGCACAUGUUUUUCCGAGGGAAUCGAUGUAAUGAGCCCAAUUCUUGAGACUUGAAGAAGGUUGUUAGGAAGAGGAGAUGUGGUACCGCUGUUUGUGAGCACCUUAACUAACCCUAACAACUCUCAAACACACAUUCUUUCUACAUAAUUAGCUUAUGACACAACUGUAGAUCACAAAAUUCAGCCUCCCCUCACUCAAACCUGCGGCUUAGAAACCUGUUGUCAUUACCAGAGUCGUAACAGUGUUAUGUUUUCACUCUGGACUCUGCCAUUUUGCUGCUCUGCAUAACAUAAGUAGUGACCGGUGGGAUCUGGGAUCCUUUAGGGACUUGGGUGGAAUCCUGGAUUCGCAGCUGGGAUCCUGGAGCCUGAUUCUUGUACAGACCAAAAUACUGAAGAGGAGCUGUGUUUUUGAAGAAGAAAUGUCAUUUUUUAAAGCUGUAUUGUUAGAAUAAAUACCUGCUUUCUUACAAAGAUACUUCCUGAUAUAGUCACUUUGGCUGUUGUGCUAACCAUUGAUUCCCAAUGUUGUAGGAUAGGCCUGUGCUAUAAUGUAGGAUUGUGGGGGAAAUGUGUUAUGUUUUAUUUAAAAAAAAAAAGAAAAGGGAAAAAUAGAGAGAGAGACAACUUUGGCACUUUGUUGUCAGCAUUGGAUCUGUAUUUUUGUUUGUAUAUCUGAACUUUUGGACAGGAUGAUCUUAAUAUGUAAAGGACAUAUUUACUGAAUAUUUAGUCUGUGCUUCAUAAAGUAAGCUUUCCUACAAAUAACUGUGUUUGUACUCUGUUGUUUACAUUGU